ACAAAGAUAGACCGAGAAGCAAAGAGUGUCCACUGCACACCCCUGGCCCUGGGCGUCUGCAAUUGCAAACCUCCCUUAUCCUUCACUUCCUCCCGCUCUUUCUUCUUUCUUCGUCUUCUUUUUUAACUGAUGCGGUGGUAACCAUCUCCUUCUUUUUUCUUUCUCUGUUGCACGCCAUGGCAGUUGCCACCGUGUCUUCACGCUUUCCACUCGACUUCCGAAUGGUGUCGACUCCCCAAUCAACAACAAGUACAAAUUCGAAACGAACCCUAGCUUCUUCGGCUGGGGUUUCCGUCAAAGCAUCUCUAACCAGCAAUCUCAUUGCCCCUUUCAUCGGUGGGAGCGUUUCCGCUGAUUUUUGUGGUCAGAAAAUCCGUCCUGCGUCCCUCAACCCGUCGUUAACUUUCUCUUCUGGUUCUCGCGGCAAAAGAGGGGUCGUCACCAUGGUCAUUCCUUUCUUAAGAGGAAGUGCAUGGGAGCAACCUCCUCCAGAUUUAGCAUCUUACUUGUAUAAGAAUCGAAUUGUAUAUUUGGGCAUGUCUCUUGUUCCUUCUGUCACAGAAUUGAUCCUAGCAGAAUUCUUAUACCUUCAGUAUGAAGAUGAUCAGAAGCCAAUUUACCUCUACAUUAACUCCACUGGGACAACCAAGGGUGGGGAGAAGUUGGGUUAUGAGACAGAGGCAUUUGCAGUCUAUGAUGUAAUGAGGUAUGUUAAGCCACCCAUUUUUACACUGUGUGUUGGUAAUGCUUGGGGAGAAGCAGCUUUGCUUCUGGCUGCUGGAGCAAAGGGAAACCGUUCGGCUUUGCCCUCUUCUACAAUAAUGAUUAAGCAGCCAAUUGCAAGAUUUCAAGGUCAGGCAACAGAUAUUGAUCUUGCAAGAAAAGAAGUAAAGAAUGUGAAGGAGGAGUUGGUUAAUCUCUACUCAAGGCAUAUAGGGAAAUCACCAGAGCAAAUAGAAGAAGAUAUCAGGCGUCCGAAAUAUUUCAGCCCUAGUGAAGCGGUUGAAUAUGGUAUUAUUGACAAGGUAUUAUAUAAUGAACGGGCAAGUGAAGAUCGUGGUGUUGUUUCUGACCUGAAAAAAGCAAACCUUAUUUAAGCAAAUCUCAAAAUCAGGUGGGAAAUUGUAUUUAUACAAGCAUUAAUGCAACAAUAAGGUUGAGGUCGUUGUCUGAUUGUUGAAUGAUUUGGAAAAGAACUGCAUUCAUGUAUGAUAAAUCAGGUUAGCUUAACUGUCCAAUAAUUAGCGUCAUUACUGGAAUUCUGUUGAAAAUAGUCUGCAAAUUUUGUCAGAACUCCUUUACAGGGUUUAUGAAUAGUUGGCAUUAUACCGUUAAUACUGUUGAACAGAUUUGAGAGCCCA